AUGACGUCAACCCCAUGCAUCAAGCGCAGCAAGCCCCCGGGCCCUGGCUCCACCCCAGCUCCUCCCGUGGUCCCUCCCGUGGCCUCUUCCGUGGUCCCUGCCCUGAAGAGCCUGUCGCAGACGGCCUGUGCGAGCUCCUUGCACCAGGAGACGUUGGAGGCGCUCAGAGACAUCGGGCGUCUGAAGCAGCGCUGUGACGGUCUGGAGGAGAGACUCUGUGCCCUGGACCUGGAGAGGAGCAGAGAGAGACAAGAGCUGCUGCGCCUGCGAGACCUGCUCCACAACACAGGUCCUGAUGAGGUGUUUGAGGCUAUGAAGGAGGAGCUGGAUGAACUGAGAGCACUGGUCCGAAACCUCCUGAGCGACAGGGACAAGAGCGCUCAGCUGGUGAGCGAAGUGCAGAAGGCCAUCCUCCUUCUUCAGACCGAGUGUGAGAAACUGCACGAGACCACACAAUGUCUGCUCGAAGACAACCAGCAGAAACAGACGCACAUCGAGGAACUGUACAAGAUGACAGAGGAGAUGGAGGAGAAGAAGGCCGACAAAAACAUGGUCGAAACUGAAAUCCGUGCGGAUAAGACUGCGUUGGACAGUAAAGUGAGCCGUGUACAGUUCGACUCGGUGACGGAGCAGCUCAGUAACAUGUUCAACGAGCUCCUGACCAAAGUGAGCGACCAGGAGCAGGACUGGAGCAAACUCAUGGAGAAACUGUCCACAGAGAUGGACUGUAAGCUGAACCGCAUCGAGCUGGACCCUGUGAAGAAGCAGCUGGAGGCGCGCUGGAAAUCCAUCCAGGAACGAAUGAAGAAGCGAGGGAGCGCCGGAGCAGGACGACGCCGCCGGGAUCAGGAAGCAGCUAGUGGAGAGGUUCCACUGUUUGUCCUGUGACCGCCCUGUGCUCAAACACACUCCUGGACCACAGCUGCUGACGCUGCCGACCUCUCCCAGUUUCCAGCCGCACAGAUCCCUGAGGCCCUUCACGGUUUACACGCUGGAGCAGAUCAGACAGCACUGCAGG